UGUUCUUUCUAGAUCUGUGUCCCCUUUGAAGUGAAACCCCUUAGUUUGUGUAGUGCCUUUAGCAUCGACAACGGCUGCAAUGAGAACAGCAGAAGAAUCAUACGGCACGGUCCUGCACCGGCUCAUCCAGGAGCAGCUCCGCUACGGGAACCCCACGGACACUCGCACCCUGCUCGCCAUCCAGCAGCAGGCCCUCCGGGGAGGGGGCAGCGGCGGGGGCGCAGGCAGCCCCCGCUCCUCCCAGGAGAGCCUGGCCCAGGACGAGUCUCAGUUCCUCAAAAUGUCGGCGCGCCAGGAGCCCCAGGGCCAGGAGCACCAGACGGACUACCAGCAUUCCGAGAGCUCCAUGCGCCAGCUCUACCAGCUCCACGGAGAGGAGCUGCCCACCUACGAGGAGGCUAAGGUGCACUCCCAGUACCUGGCUUCUCAGAGGGGCCAGAUGGGGCCGCAGCAGGCUGCGUACGAGGCUGCUCACGGGAGCGCCGGCAACCAGGACGAGGGCUUGUUGGACCCGAAACACGGGCACGUGCGUUCCCUCAGCGAGCGCCUCAUGCAGCUCUCCCUGGAGAGGAGCGGAUCCAGGGCCAACAUGUUGUUGAGCUCCUCCCACAGCUACCCCCAGCUGUCGAAGCACCACGUCCAUCACAGUGCGCACGACAGCCAAGGCCCCCACCACGUGCCAGAAAGCCAGGGCCCGCCACCAGAGUACCCCUUCUCCGUCAGGCCUCCGGGAUACAUGCUCAGCCACUCGCAGGAGCACGGGCACUACUACAGAGAACCGCCGCCAGCCUUCCAGUCUCAGCACCACAGGUACAUGCAGGCUCAACCACAGGCAGUCCGUCCCUGUGUCCGAACCACACUGACCCCUGCCGGCAUGAGUGACCUCAUGACCUCUCACAACGGAUUCAGCGGUAACCAGAUGGAGGCGCUGCUGAGGGAGAACGAGCGGCUCAGGAAGGAGCUGGAGGGCUAUAACGAGAAGACAGCCCGGCUGCAGAAGCUGGAGCAGGAAAUUCAGAGGAUAUCUGAGGCCUAUGAGGUGUUGAUGAAGGGGUCAGCAAAGCGGGAGACUCUGGAGAAGACGAUGAGGAACAAGCUGGAGGCUGAGAUUAAGAGGCUGCAUGACUUCAACAGAGACCUGCGAGACCGCCUGGAAACAGCUAGCAAACAACUAGCUGCUAAGGACGUUGAAGCUGCAGACCAAAACCAGCUUGUCUUUGCCAGACUCCUUGAACAAAAUGAGGAGCAGCAGCGGGAUCGCGAAAGGCUGGAGCGCGAGGUGCUCCGGCUCAGGGCCUCCGGGGAGGAGCAGCGGCGGAGGCUGGAGACGCUGGAGCAGGCGCUGAGCUCGGCGCAGGCACGCGGCGGCCAGCUGGAGGAGGAGCUGCAGCGGAAGCGCGCCUACGUGGAGAAGGUGGAGCGGCUGCAGCGGGCCCUGGCCCAGCUGCAGGCCGCCUGCGAGAAGCGGGAGCAGCUGGAGCAGAAGCUCCGCACGCGGCUGGAGCAGGAGCUGAAGACCCUACGCGCUCAGCAGAGACAGACUCUUAGCCAGGGGUCCCUCCCGUCCUCGGGGCUGAGCCCCUCCCCCUUGCAGCUGCAGCUGCGUGAGAGGGAGGAGUGCAUCUUGGGCCUGGAGGCUGACAUCACCAAGUGGGAACAGAAGUACCUGGAGGAGAGCACCAUGCGCCAGUUCGCCAUGGACGCAGCUGCCACGGCGGCGGCUCAGAGGGAUACGACCAUCAUCAACCACUCCCCAUGCCACUCUCCCAAAAACAGCUUCAACGAGGACCUACCGACAGCCAACCACAGGCACCAGGAGAUGGAGAAUAGGAUUCGGGCUCUCCACGCACAGCUCCUGGAGAAGGACGCGGUGAUCAAGGUACUGCAGCAGCGCUCGCGGAGGGACCAGGGCAAGGCUGAGCAGCAGGGCCUUCGCCCCGCCAAGUCCGUGCCCUCAAUCAGCACCAGCGCCCCCAGCUGGCAGACCUGCCCACUCCCAGCACUCCAGCGAGGGAAAGGGAAGAGCUUCUCGGAUGACCAGACAGCUGCCGUGUCGUCCUCGCCCUCUGCCGUCCCCAAGCCCCUCAGCCGGGACUGCAGCACCCAGUCUGACGGGCCCCCCCAGGAGGAUCGCAUUACAGAGGAGCCCAACGCUGCACCCUCACCUGCCCCUGAUCACUUGGAACAAACCCCUGUGCCUAUGAAGAGCACAGAAAGCCUGGAGACGGAAAUGGUGGAAAUCCUUAUUUAGAGCAUACAGCGGGAUUUUUCAGAAUGCCGGCACACCUGAGAAGGGACUCCUGCUUCAUGGACGGGGCUUCUUCCCCAGUGCUUUUAUGGGAUGGAAGAUUCUGAUGGCCAUAUUAAUGUUGCUUGAAAGUUCAAAGUUUUGGAAGAAAGAUGGACUCUCAAAGGAUAGAUCUGCAGUUUCACAAAAGUGGACUGUAGUGGAGGGUGUAGAGGAGAGCUGAGCUCUCUUUGAAUGCUUCACUGCAUUAAAAUGGACCUUUGCUGAUGUCAUUAUUUUACAAAUCUGCCUGGUGCAAGCGAGGCUUUGAAUCUUGAGGUACUUCGACAGUAUUUCGCGUGGUUGCACAGGGCAAGUGAGAGACUGUAUAACUGUACAGUGUAUUCCUUUUCUUAAUGAUAUAUGUUAUUUAUAAUUGCUGCUUCUUGUGUGAGUGUGCAUGUGAAGAGUGUUGACUUUCCAGGACAUGGUUGUGGCCUUCAAUAGAAGAUUCUCCAAUGUCUCAUGUCUGCAGUUGCCCAAAUGUCUGAUGCGCUUGUUUUUCCCUUAUAAAAUCAAACAAGCUACAGUGGCCUGUUCAGGAAUAUUGUGUUUGUAUACACAAUAAGGUUGAUUGUACAUUGUUGAUUGUAAGGCUGGUUGUACAUUCUCACAUGGCACGAGAACCAACCCUUGUUGUGACGAGCUGCAUGGUCUUCUGGUUUUUGCUGUUAUUCACCAUGAACUUAUCAGUUAAAGUAGUUUAUUACACGGUUAAUUCACCUCGCCUGUUUUUUCUGUUGCUGAUUUUCCUGGUCAGAACAAAAAAACUGGUAGACCCUGUGGCUUUUCACCACCUUGGUUAUUCCUUGAAUUAAAGGAUUCUGUCAGAAUUAUCAUUGUUCUCUUUAAAUAGAAAAAUGCAAUUUUUGCUCAAAGGAAGACUUUCUUUUGUGGGGGUUCCCCUGGGUUCUGUACCAUGGCCCGCAGCCUAUGGCCAUGGCCCCUUGAAUGUUCCACUCUGCAAUGACAGUUUCACACAGUACUGUGUGAAUGGUGAUGAACGCACUCUAAGUGUUGGCCAACCUAAAUUUAUACAGCAGAUGGUGGUCCAGUAUUAGUGCCAGUGGGGGCCCGCUGGAAGCUAUACGUGGGAACGGGAGGCCUGCUUGUUAGGGUUAAGCUAAGAGUGCUGCCUCCUCUGUUUGUUUUAAGAGACACUUAGGAAUUUGCUCUCAGAAGCCUGGUUGGUCUUCAUGGGAUGUGAUUUUUCUAAUGCCUUGGGAGAAGCCAGCUAUCGUGUUGGGCCUCAGGAGGCAACCACCCGGGGUGCCCUCUCCUCCCUCACUAGCUGGAGCUAAUCUUCCUACAUUCCUCCUCCUGUGGAAUGUCUCUGGAUGUUGAAAAUGGCUAUCUGUAGUAUGACCCUCCCCUUUAAAAUGGCAAGCAUUCUGAGUACUGUUCAAUUUGUGUCUAUUUAUUUCUUCUAAGCCCUGGUAGCAGGUUCUGUCCAUGGGCUUCUAAAUUAAAGAGGAGUUAUAUACAGUAACAUGGAAACACCAUUCCUUUUUUGGAUUCAGAACAACAUUCUGUUUGCAGACCCUGACCCAUCUUUAUUAAAAUUAACCUAUUUUUACACCACAUAAAACAACCUGUUUUGUGUGGUCAGAAAGUCAGUGCAAUGUUUCCUUUACCCCAAAGCAGAAUUUUUCUUUAAAAAAUUAUUGGAAACCUUUUCAAUGAAUGACUUUGGUCUCUGCCUUCGUGAAUCUAUAACUGGUGUGUUGUUUGUGGGAAUUUGGUAUACAUUGAGUGUCUGCUCUGAACUGGAAGUGUGGGAUGAUUGUACAAUUUUAUCAGGCCCUCACUUUUCAAAUGCUACUUAUUUUUCUAUGUUCUCACACUGUGCACUUGCUGGUCAAUGCAUUGUGAUGAAAAUCCAUUUACUUCCUUUUUUGUAAUUAGGACCUUGUUUACAGGAAGAGCUGUUUUGAUCUGAGAUGACUUAAUAUAUUUUGAAUGUUUCUCUUAGUAUAUUUAGUGUCAUGAACAUAAUGCCAAAGAUUUGCAUUACAAUUAAGUUAUAACUUGAGUGUUAAAAAACCAGCCAGGCUAUGUGUAAAUGCCCUGUUCAAGCUGGUUGACCCAUACUUGGACGUUUGCUGUGAACUUCUGAAAUGGGGGAAUUUUGUAUUGAAAUGCCAGUUACAUUUCAUUAAUAGAAUAAAACAAUAAUAUAUCUAUACAA